GAGAAUUGAAUUACAAAGAGAAAAACGCUAGGAAGAGAGUAAAGAGAAAAAAGAGAGAGUAAGAUCUUUUGUUGAUCUUUCUUCCGAAAAGUGACUUUGUGCGUAUAGAAAUUGACAUUUGAAAAUUAUUAACAAAAUUUCUGCGAAACUAAUACGCAGCACGUUAGCUGCUGCUCCACCUAUUUUUACGCGAAUUUUCGAUAGAAUAAUGGGUUCCUCAACGGAAAUUAGCCAUCAAGACGAUGCUAUGACCGAGGUUGGCCCUAAGCCAAUCAUACGUUUGCAGGAUAUUAAGCAAUUGUGUGAUGAUCAUUGUAAAAUAAAAGAUCCGGCACGUGUUGAACGUAUACUCAAUGAAUUUGUUAAUGGUGGAACGGAACGGCUGCAGUUGGUUUCAGAUUUCGAUUAUACCAUAACAAAACAGCGUACGUCUGAUGGGAAGCCAGUGUUAAGCAGCUUUGGUAUUUUAAAUGCUUGCAAAUCUUUGCCGCCACGAUUUAUUGAGGAGUCGGAUAAAUUGUAUCACAAGUAUCGGCCUAUUGAAAUCGAUCCUCAUAUUCCGACUAAGGACAAAAUCAAGCAUAUGAUUGAUUGGUGGACUAAGACGGGUGAAUUGUUGGUUGGGUUUCCUUUGGGUCAAAGUGAAAUUGAUGAUAUUGCUGGCGAAUAUAAAGAUGCUUUACGGGACCGCACUAAUACUCUGUUUGAAACACUUAACCGUUUGGAUAUACCCGUCUUGGUAUUUUCAGCUGGCUUGGGAAAUUCUGUAAUAUCCGUACUACAACAAGCCAAUGUCAUGUACUCGAAUGUUAAAGUGGUCUCGAAUUUUUUACAAUAUAAAGAUGGUUUGUUGAAUGGUUUCCAACAGCCAAUGAUACAUACAUUUAAUAAAAAUGAAACAGCAUUGAAUGGCAGUGAAUAUUAUGAUUUGGUACACAAUCGAGAUCAUAUAAUUGUUAUGGGCGAUUCAAUAGGUGAUGCCGAUAUGGCAAAUGGUGUGCCGGCAUCUUCUCAUAUUAUUAAAAUAGGAUUUUUAUUUGACCAUCCUGAACAGAAUUUGGAAAGGUAUAUGAAUGCCUUUGACAUUGUUUUAAUUGAUGACCAAACUAUGGAUGUGCCAUUGGCUUUGUUAGCAGCUAUAGAAAACGUUCAGCAACGUUUGCAAACAUCUUCAACUCCAAAUGCCGUUACUCAAAUAGAAAAGUAAAUUAAAAGAGGCUAUCUCAAUCGGUAUAGUUAUGUUUAUUAUUGACCGCAUCUUUUUGAAAAACUAACUUUAACAAAUGAGUUACAUAUAUUCAGAUUUCAACAAGUUAAUAAUCAUGUCGAGGUAUUGUCAUUUAUACUAAUCUAGGGACUAUCUUUUAUUUUGUAAACAUAUGGUAUUUUAAAGAAGAGAAUUAAAAUCAAAAUAAAUUAUUGUAUUUGAUUAAAAAAAAACAAAA